UGUAAACAAUAUGGAAGCUAAUUGCAAGGAACUUCAUAAAAAUCCCACUAUACAGUCACCUAAACCGGUAGUGAUAUCGUAGUUCCUUUCAUGUGAUGUGUUAAAUGUUAGUCAGGACGACGAUGAUGCCACUCCGUAAGCCUUCCUGAUCAGAUUAUCAUCCCAUUCCAUCUGACAAAUGAUGCCCUAGCUUAACUGAAAUAGGUUCAUCCACAAGGAACUCACCAUGUCCAAGAAAGCAUCUGCAUCACACUCUGUCCCCAAGGCGGGGCGUGGUGGUGUGUCUCCACUACGGACUAAAAAACAACAGGAGGAAAUGUUACUUGAAAACAAAAUUCUGACAGAAAAAGUUGAAGUACUCACAAAACAAACUGAUGACAUGAAGAAUAAAUUGGAAUUAAUCAUGACAAAGAUUGUCGAUUAUUCAAAUAAAGAGGAUUACGAAAUUACUGAAGACACUUAUAUUCUUGAUAUUGAGACUAGUGACAUUUUGGAGAUGAUCUCGAAGAUUGUGUCAGGUGAUCACGGAAAGGAUACGCUAGAGACUCGAGUUGAGGAGUUAGAGACAAGGGUGACGCACCAGAACUGUCAGGUUGCCAGGUUGACCCAGCAUAUCUUCAUGUUGGAGGACGGCCUGAGGAGUAUAAGACAGUGUCGUGAUCUCGCAUCUGUGUUCACUCUGACAGACUCUAUAGAAGACAAAAUUGUUACAUUUCAAGACAGUGAUGCUGGUAUGUUAAUGACCAACAAGAAGUCACAAGGAAAGCGACUCCCUCAGAUUGGUACAGGCAAGAAGACCCCACAAGAUGAUCGCAAGGAAUCACAGAUUCGGGCGACUGAAAUCAAGAUUGAGCAGGAAUCAGUUUCUGGGACAUCCGAUGGAAGUUUGUCUUUCCCGAGUUUACCAGACACCGUGAUAAAAUAUCGCAACAAUAUCAUUCAGCAGAAGAUCAAAACCCUUCAUCAGAACUCGAUGGAACUCGGUGCCACUUUGAACAAAAUGUUGCCCCAGAGAAAACUGCCACCCAACACCCAUAUCAGUAAGAUGAAUCCAUUCCUCAAGCAGUACCUGUCCAAUGAACUCAGUCUAGAGAAAGCUUCAGGUGCUGAUUGGAGGAUGUUGGCGAGAAAGGUAGGAAUAAUUGAGGAACAAAUUGUUGAAUGGAGGAAGAAAAAAGUGGACGCGCCGCUGUUUGAGGUUUUCAAAGUGUGGGAGAGAAGUGUUGCGGCAACUGUACAAAUUCUUCAUCGUCAUUUGAUAUCACCGACGUUACGCUGCUCGAUACUUGCCAAGAGAAUACGGGACUUCUAUGAUGUGGACUGACCCUGUGACGAUUGUCAGUAUUUUUGCUGUUAUCAUCAGAUGGAGCAACAGUUGCAAUAAGACACGGAGCUAUGUGUCAUGAUAAACACAGUAUUUAACCGUCUUCUCCCUGCCGUGACAGGAAGUUCUGUCAUGACAAUUCUGUCCUGUACCGAGAAAUGUCUUUGUAAUUGUGACUGUGUCUUCGUGAUUGUGACUAUGUCUUCGAGAUUGUGACUAUGUCUUCGAGGUUGCCUUAAGAGCAGUGUCACUGACAUAUUCAGAUGUCCAUGACUCAUAUCUCAGGUUUACCCUUCUUGAGAAUUCGGAUGUCUUUUGCUAGCAACGUGUUGUAUUUAGUUGUUUAUUCGAAUCACAUUGUGCCAGGUUUCAAUUUCUUUCAUUCUGAGUGCUGUGAUCGUUGGAGUUUCAGAAUGUUUGCACAUCUUCCAUGCUCUGAUGUUGUGACUUUUGAACCUGUUUCAUCGAACCCCGUCCAAAUAUUUACACUUGACACUUAUCUUUCGGCUCUUUUCUGUGAUACAUCUUGUGACUUUGAUACAAUGCAGAUGUAGUCUGUGUGCCUUCUUCACACAGGAUUAUUGAGGUUAUGUUGAAAUAGGAGAGAUAAUCAUGUAGGAGCAUUCUUAAUGCAAAUCCUUGCAAUUUGGUUAUGUUAUUAAUUUAUUUUGUUUGUUGACAAGCAAUUUGGUACUCACAGUUACAGAAGUAUUACUAGAAUCAAGAUUGUCUCAGCUAAUUGAUUUAUUAUUAUGCUUUAUCAGUUUUCAUUGGGUUUGGGAAACACUAACAAUUGUAGACCUGCUAUGCAAAAAUGGUAGUAUAUGUAGCUUCUUUCAAUCAAAACUAGAUGACAUCUGUAUAAAUAUUGCAAUACUUUUAGUUGAAUAAAUUUCUCUCGUUAU